AUGGCUCCAUUUGACAAGACGAAGUCAUAUGCUUCACAGGAAGAAACAUUUUUCGAUGACGGUAGAGAAGAAGAACUUGUCGAGUUUGUGCGAAAUCAUCACGAUCGAUCUAAGAUUCAAGGUUCGCCGGCGAACGUUCUCAAAGCUAUCGAUGAGUAUGGACGAACGAAGAGAUAUCUCAUGAAUGUAGGAGAGGACAAAGGAGCUAUUGUCACCAAGAUAAUCAGUGAAAGAAAGCCUCAUAUAAUGGUUGAGCUCGGAGGGUAUUGUGGAUAUUCUACAAUACUUUUUGCGUCAGCAGUACGGGCUGCAGGGGGAGCGAAGUAUUAUUCAUUGGAGAGAAGCCCGAAGUUCGCGAAAGUUAUCACUGCUCUCGUGGAAUUUGCUGGUCUCGAAGAAUUUGUUGAAGUGAUCGUUGGUCCUAGUAACGAGGGAAUUCAAACACUACAUUCUCGCGGAUUGAAGACCAUUGAUAUGAUGUUCCUAGAUCACUAUAAGCCAGCAUACACGACUGACCUAAAGUUAUGUGAACAACUGGGCCUGAUCAAAAAAGGAACAGUUCUUGCUGCCGACAAUGUUAUUAGUCCAGGAAAUCCUCCAUAUCUGCAAUAUGUGCGAAGCAGUGUCGAGGAUAAACUUCAAAAGCUGAAACAGGAGGGACAGCUAGAUACUGAUGGGUUUGCAAAACGAUCUGCCACUCAGUAUGGUGGGAUUGAAGCUCUAGACACCGGAGUCAAAGGCAAUCCCAAAAUCAUAUACGACAGCCAACUGAUUAACAGCUUCGAGCCUACUGGAGAACCAGAUGGAGUGGAAAUAACUCGGUGUAUGGGGGAAGUUGGAGGUAGCCAGUCGUAG